AUGCGCUUGAAACACUUGUCGGCGACCUCUUGCGAAGCUCGGAUUCGCACGCCGUCUGUCUUACGCUGGGAGUCGACCGUGCCCCUGCCGGAAAACCUUGAAAGCCCUUGCAGCUGGCAUUGCACGGUCCCUUCCAUGGCCCUUGAUGAGAGCGGAUCCCCACCGGCGUUCAGGUCCCCGUACGUACUACCCUACGGCCUGGCGCCUGCAAGCUGCGUGCUGCGUGCUGAAAAGCAUCAUGUGGUUGGCAGCAGCAGUUCAAGCCUCUUUUGGCUCGACGUGAAUGUCUGCAUUGCAUAUGAUAUCACAUGUGCUGGGACGCAGGAAACGGGCAAAUGGCACGGAAAGCAGUUUGGAGCGCGGUUGUUCAAGUUGGAUGAGGUCAUAAGCGUGGCGGACCCGAUGUGGGCAUGCCAGCCUUCCGAAUUCACGAUCCGAAAGCCGCCAGCCACAGUGGUGACUGAUGGGUCCACGAUACUGCCACUCCCAGUCGAAGUAUUUUGCUCGGAAUGCGUAGGCAGGGGAGGCGUGGCGAUACUGCGAUGGCAUUACUGGUCUGGGCGCCUGGAUUUUGCGCAGCCGAGAGUCAGAGGCUGGUUUGGACGUAUCGGUAGUGAAACGGGAGGCUCCGCCGGCACGGACAGGCAGGGGAGGGGACGAUCGGCUUGGAUCGUGUGA